CCUGACUGCCAGGGUGAUUCCUACGUUACCAAGGGCUGCCUCUUUACUGUACCCGGCCGUGUGCUGUGGGGGAAAGUACUUUACAACCUCUGGAUAAUUUAUCAACUCCGGGAAUGAUAUCUCCAGCCAUAAAGGUGGCUGGAUUGUAAACCUCCUGGACGGGACAGAAAUGCCUGGAAAACCUCCGUAGAUCAUCUAAAGGGUUGAUGUUUCCCCACCGGGCGCCCGCAGGGUCGCUUUCAAACCUAACUGCUGACAGCUCGCCACCUCCGUCAGCCCUCUGAGCGGGCCUGUCCAUUGCCUGCAGCUCUACAGACAGAAAGGUUGGAGUGGAGCAGCUUCGGUGUCGCCCUGAGCCCAGCUGCCUCAGCGGGACUGCAUCGUCAUGGAUACAGAGUCCACCUACUCGGGCUAUUCCCACUACUCGGGGCGUUCCCGGGGAUCACACAGGCACGGGGAGCGAAGCCGGGACCGCCACAAGUCGCGCAGCAAAGACAGCCGCUCGGAAAAGUCCGUCACGAUAAACACGCCGCCCGCAGAGCCGCUGCUGGGCGACUCGGCUGUCCGAGGCGAGCAGGUCCAGGAUGACAACUGGGGCGAGACGACCACAGCCGUCACCGGCACAUCAGAGCACAGCCUCUCCCAGGAAGACAUUGUUCGCAUCACCAAGGACCUCGAGGACAGCGUGGGGCUCGACUGCCGGCGCUACCUCACCAGGACCUUGGCCGUGAUCUUGGGCCUGCUGGUGUUCCUCACGCCGCUCGCCUUCCUCGUGCUCCCCCACCUCCUCUGGCAGGAGAAGCUGCAGAGCUGCGGGACGGCCUGCGAGGGCCUCUUCAUCUCCGUGGCCUUCAAGCUGCUCAUACUGCUUCUGGCUGUCUGGGCGCUCUUCUUCAGACCGGCGCGGGCAGGACUUCCGCGGGUCUUUGUGUUCCGGGUCCUUCUUGCUGUGCUGGUGCUGCUCUUCGUAGCGUCUUAUUGGCUCUUCUACAGUGUCAGGAUACUCGACUCACAGGAUGAGAACUACCAGGGUAUCGUGCAGUACGCCGUGUCACUGGUGGACGCUCUGCUCUUCAUCCACUACCUGGCCAUCGUCCUGCUGGAGCUCCGGCAGCUUCAGCCAUGUUUUUCUGUGUGCGUCACGCGAUCAACGGACGGAGAGACGAGGCAGUACAACCUGGGACAGCUCAGUAUUCAGCGGGCAGCUCUGGCCAUCAUAGAGCACUACUACUGCGACUUCCCGAUCCAUAAUCCUGCUCUGCUUUCCGCCUCCAAGUCCCGCGCUGCCAAGCACCUGGCCGGCCUCAAGGUCUACAACGUGGAUGGUGAGUUGGCAGCAGCCCCCGCUGAGGGUCCAGGAAACAACGCUGCAGCUGGACUCGCCCACUCCCAGUCCAGAGCCAUGAUCGCUGCCGCCGCCCGCCGCCGGGACACCAGCCACAACGAGCUGUACUACGAAGAGGCUGAACAUGAGCGGCGUGUCCGCAAGCGCAAAGCACGGCUGGUGGUGGCAGUCGAGGAGGCCUUCACCCACAUCAAGCGGAUGCAGGAGGAGGAGCAGAAAAAGGCUCCAGGUGACGUUAUGGACCCUCGAGAGGCGGCUCAGGCCAUCUUCCCCUCCAUGGCUCGGGCCCUGCAAAAGUACCUGAGGACCACCAAGCAGCAGCACUGUCACAGCAUGGAGAGCAUCCAGCAGCACCUGGCCUUCUGCAUCACCAACAACAUGACACCAAAGGCGUUCCUGGAGAGCUACCUGACCCCGGGUCCGACCCUGCAGUACAGCCGGAACCACUGGCUGGCCCGUCAGUGGACUCUGAUCAGCGAGGCGUCAGUUACCAGCGGCCUGAAAGACGGAACCGUCUUCCUGCUCAAAUGCGUGGACUUCAGCCUGGUGGUGACCUCCAAGAAGAUCCCCUACAUCCAGAUGUCAGAGGAGUACAUCGACCCCAAAUCCCACAAGUUUGUCCUGCGACUACAGUCCGAAACCUCGGUGUAGGACGCCCACCGCCUCUCUUUUAAUUCCUCACCACGCAGCGUUGCUCUCAAAUGUUUUCACUUUGGGUUUGAAGUUUUUAUUUGUACUUUUUAAAAAUUUUUAUAUAUUGUAUAUGAAUCUAUAUAUCACAUCUGAAUCUAUUGAUCUUUUUGUUGUUUGACUUGGAUAAAAAGAAGAAUCGAUGCAGGAUUUAAACGCCUUGGAUUCGGCUGUGUGCACAUACUGUAUGUGUGAAUGUGGGAGUGUAUGCGAGUGUGUUAUUACUGUGUCAGUACAAUCACUUGUUUCAUAUCGUGUUCGAGAUGCUGAAGCCAAACAAGCCGGAGGUGGACGGAAAAGACAGACGAACCACUUCGGACUGCGGAAGCAGAAACCUGAUGGACAUUUCCGAGCUCUUGGACACCAACAAACUCCAAAGGAUUUGAUGAAAAUCAAAUCCAUGUGAAAGAGAACCAAACAACUUCGGGUCAAAGAAAAUACCUAAAAAUGUUGAAGUCUACAGCUUCAGCCACGACCUGGUGCAAUAGAGCAAAGGUUAGAAAUAUUCCAAAAAUCCAGGAUAAACUCCACAAAGACAUUGCCCCUUCCACCACGCUUCAGGAUUCUUCUCAGGGCUUUUGUGUCUGAUCCAUCUGAAAUAAACAAAAAACUACUGAUUUCUCCCCAACAGUUUUGCAGGAAAUUCAAAUAAACAUAUUCUACUUUUUAUUCCUUAAAUAAAAACACACUUUCCAAACCAUCAAGAGGCUUCAGUAAAACUAAGUGUCCCCAGAUAUCAGAUCUGUGAUUUCAGGAUAAAUCAGGGCUUUAAAUUAAUAUUUUUUCGGGACAAAUUCUCCAGUUUAAUUAAACAUAUUAAAAGAAAAAUAGCAAAAAAAAAAAAUUUAAAAACAAAAAAUCUUGUUUAAAUCACUUGUGAAAAAAAUAUUUGCAGGAUACCCUCUUUCAGGGCUUACAGGGAUCAUUUCUAAACUAAAUCAAACUUUAUUUAUAUAGCACUUUUCAGACUAAAGUAAUUCAAAGUGCAUAAAACAAAACAGCCGGGUGAGAAACAAAAUUAAGAGCAUACCAGGGUGCACAGAAACUAGAAGCAGAUUCUCAAUGCAGACAAAGCAGAUAGUAGGGGGACAAAUUAGUGACAAAUAAAAACACAGUGGGGGGGGGGAUUUAAUGAUAAUGAACCAUCAUCGCUUUAAUGGGUGGAACCUCCUUCCCAACUGGACUGUCUGGUUUUCCAUUCUUCGCCUUGUCUCACCUGUAAUCCCUCGAGGUCAGUCCCUUCAUGAAAGUCUCAGAACUGAUUAUUCCUCCUUCAUUCGCCGGAUGAAUCAUCUUACAUAACAAAAUUAGACAAAUCCAUUUAAAAUAAGCUAAAAUUAACCAAAAUGUCCCAUCAGUCUCUGUCAGAACAGAUCUGGUCCCUCACAGCGACACAAGUCACGUCCAUCUCACACUAACUGUAUCCUCUAGUGCCCCCUGGUGGCUGAACCUGAUCCUGACACUUAAAAAAACUUUAACAUGUGGAAAUAUUGUAAAAGGAAAAAAAAAAAAAUGUGCCACUUUGAGUCGGACGCCACAGCUGAUCCAGUCGAGCCCUAAUUUAUUUUAUAUUUACUGAUGUGAACUUUGUAUGAUCCAAAUGUCACUGUGCCUCCUGUUUUUACACUGUAUCUAUUUAUGUAAACAAGCAUGUGUGUGUGUGUGUGUGUGUCUGUACCAUUCCAAUUCACACGCCCAGCCUUCAUCCCUCUCCUCAUUCUCUCCAUCUGUCACACUGUUGCCAGGUUACGAUCCCUCUCUCAUUGCUUGGUUUUUGAUGGACGGUUUUUAUGAGGACCAUGUCACGUUACAGUGGAACCCCCUCCCUCCCUCCCUCCCUAGUUCACAGCAUUAGUAUUUGUAAAACACUAAUAAAAGAUUUUUAUGAACAUU